UACACUUUCAGGUGGAGUAAGGACUCUGCGUCUGCGAGACGAGACGAGAGAGAGAGGGCCACAGUGCUCUUACUUGCUUACAAACAACUUUAUACAAGUUCCGAGUUUCCAACCUCUGACCUUAAUUAUUUUCUUCGCUGUUUAUAUUUUUACUCUUUCCUGCCUUCAGCCUACUUUUGCCGACACCCUCUCUCCUUCUUAGUCAUCCUUCUCGACACGGCCGAAUCUUUACUCUCUUGUUUAAUGGAGAAAACCAGAGAGGAAGAAGAAGAUCUGAUCUUUCUCAACUUCUUCUGUUCGUCUGUUCUCCCCCGAUUGUCUUGCAUGUGCGGUGGAAGAACACAGCGUCAUCUGUAAAGCACUGUAAAUCAAAAUGGGGAUGAAUAGAGGGACCUUGCUAUCCACCUCUCAUUUCUUCGUUGUAACUUAUGCUAUUGCCGUAGUGGCACUCACUGUCAUUUUCACUCUGCCUCUCGUUCGUUCAGCUACUGAUUCUUCUGAUGUUCAAGCUCUUCAGGUUCUAUACAGUUCAUUGAAUAGUUCUCCUCUGCUAACCGGGUGGAAAUCAAAUGCUGGUGAUCCAUGUGGAGAAUCAUGGAAGGGCGUUACUUGUCAGGGGUCUUCCGUUGUUGCCAUUCAGAUUUCCGGGCUUGGACUCAGUGGAACCUUAGGAUACAUGCUUUCGAGUCUUUUUUCAUUGAAAGCACUAGAUUUAAGCGGCAACAACAUUCAUGAUUCAAUUCCAUACCAAUUACCUCCAAAUCUUACGAGCCUAAAUCUUGCCAAUAAUAACUUAAGUGGGAAUCUUCCUUACUCCAUUUCUACUAUGGUUUCGCUCAAUUACCUGAACCUUGGCCAUAACUCAAUUUCCCAGUCAAUUGGUGAUAUAUUUGCAAAUCUUCAAAGUCUCUCAGUUUUGGAUCUUUCUUUCAACAACUUCAGUGGAAAUCUUCCUAAUUCCUUUGGUUCUUUGUCCAACCUUUCUACUCUGUAUUUGCAGAACAACCAGUUAACUGGUUCAAUUAAUCUUCUAGCAGAUCUUCCUCUUGAUAAUCUAAAUGUUGCAAAUAACCAUUUUACUGGCUGGAUACCACGGGAAUUUACCUCAAUCCCAAGUUUUAUAUAUGACGGGAACUCAUUUGAGAAUGGUCCUGCUCCUCCUCCACCGCCAUAUACCUCACCUCCCCCUGGUAGAUCACAUAAUCAUCAUAACCAUUCUGGAUCAGGCACACAUUCACCACGGGGAUCUGGCAGACGAGCAUCCAGUGACAAUCAAAAUGGUAAGAAGGGUUUGGCGGCAGGACCUUUAAUAGGUAUAAUUCUUGGUUCAAUAUUGGUGGCUCUUUGUGCAUUGCUGGCUUUAAUCUUUUGCCUUCAGAAGGGAAAAAAUGAGAAAGGAAGUAGUGCAAGAGCUUCUACAGGAACACCGGUUGGCACAGAUACAGUAAUUAACACAGAGCUUCAAGAGGAAAAGUUCAGAAGUAUGGCUAGCGUUACAGAUUUGAAGCCCCCACCUGCAGAAAAAAUGGUAGCUGACAGGGUAUAUGGGCAAAAUGGAUCUAUUAAGAGGGUAAAAUCACCUAUUACUGCUACUCCUUAUACUGUGGCAUCUCUUCAAACAGCAACAAACAGCUUUAGUCAGGAGUACCUUAUUGGUGAAGGUUCCCUUGGUCGUGUUUACAGAGGAGAGUUCCCUAAUGGAAAGGUACUGGCUAUCAAAAAGAUUGACAGUGCAGCACUGUCAUUACAGGAGGAAGAUAAUUUUCUUGAAGCUGUCUCAAACAUGUCACGCUUGAGGCAUCAAAAUAUUACCACUUUGGUGGGGUACUGCACGGAGCAUGGGCAGCGUCUUCUUGUUUAUGAAUACAUUAGCAAUGGGACUCUGCAUGAUAUGUUGCACUUUUCUGAUGAUGGCAGCAAGAGACUCACAUGGAAUGCACGUGUUAGGGUAGCACUUGGCACAGCUAGGGCCUUGGAGUAUUUGCAUGAAGUAUGUCUACCUUCAGUUGUACAUAGAAACUUCAAGUCAGCAAACAUUUUACUUGAUGAAGAGCUCAAUCCCCACUUAUCUGAUUGUGGGCUGGCUGCCUUGACACCAAACACUGAGCGGCAGGUUUCAACUCAGAUGGUUGGUUCAUUUGGUUAUAGUGCUCCUGAGUUUGCCAUGUCCGGAAUUUACACUGUAAAAAGUGAUGUGCAUAGCUUUGGAGUAGUGAUGUUAGAGCUGUUGACAGGUCGGAAGCCACUGGAUAGUUCGAGGGUAAGAUCAGAACAGUCUCUUGUCAGAUGGGCUACUCCUCAACUUCAUGAUAUUGAUGCUUUAGCAAAAAUGGUUGAUCCUGCACUAAAUGGCAUGUACCCUGCGAAGUCCCUCUCACGCUUUGCUGAUAUCAUUGCCUUAUGUGUUCAGCCUGAGCCAGAGUUUCGGCCUCCCAUGUCCGAAGUUGUUCAAGCACUGGUCCGUUUGAUGCAAAGAGCAAGCGUAGUCAAGAGACGAUUAAGUGAUGAUUCGGGUUUCAUCCAUAAGAUGCCAGACUAUGAGGCUGUCGAGAUGUCAUUUUAAUUUUUAAGUAUCUCAGCAACCAUUCCACGUGGGUAGCAUGUGGCAUUUGCAAUUUUGUAUACAAACAUUCAAAAGUUCAGUGCAAAUGAAGAAGAAACAACAAAUGGUCGAAGACAGAGAUGGGGUGAUCGUGAUCUCAGUGAGAUGGAUGAGCAGACAGCGAUGAACAAAUGUUCCAAUAUGCAAACCAAAAGAUGUAUAUUUUAAUAACAAAAGCCUCGGUUGUAUCUAAAUUUUAUUGGAGCCUUCGGAUGUACACUCUGGUCUCUGCAUACUUUCGAGUAAAAUAACAUCGUUGACUAAA